AUGUGGAUUAUGUUAUCAUUCAAUAGAAUAAUAAGUAUUUGAGUUAUUGAUUUACAGGAUCACCUGGAUAGUUGUUAUCACUCAUUUUGUUUAGUUUGCAUUUAAAAAUUGUCUAAUUAAUAGAAUCCAAUAAAUCAAGAUUGAAAAUACUUGUCUUUUUUGUAAAUAAAAUUUAUAUAGAUUGAAUAUAAAUGCAAUAGAGUAUUUAUUAUAUUUAAUUAGGUAUAUUAUAACAGCCAUAAGAUAGCGAAGUAAAAAUGUAAAGAAACUAAGUCAAUCAUCAAUAUUAUUUCUAGAAUUUUUGGGAAAGAUAAAAUCAAUCUCAAAAAAAGAGGGACAUUCUAAUAUUUUACUUUAAUUCUUAAUUCAAUUAUUUUUAGCUGAUAGUAUUUAUAAAAUACAUACCAUAGUUAAUGAUUGA